CCAGAGGCCCCUGCGCGGAGCAGCUCUGCUGCCGCGCCUUUGUGCGCUCUGUUGUCGCCGCGAGAUCGAGCCCCGGGCCCGGCCCAAUCGGCCUCGGCGCAGAGCGAGGAGUGACGCGGACGCAGGAGGAGCCCGCUCUGCUUUCUCAGGAUAUCGCCCCCAUCCCAGAAGCAGUCAUACAUUCUUGAAGUUUUAACAUCAUGUCCAAGGAUUUGGUGACGUUUGGAGAUGUAGCUGUAAAUUUCACUCAAGAGGAAUGGGAAUGGCUGAAUGAUGCUCAGAGAGACUUGUACAGGAAGGUGAUGUUGGAGAACUAUAGGAGCCUAGUGUCGCUGGCAGGAAUUCCUGUUUACAAGCCAGCUGUGAUCUCAUUACUGGAACAAGGAAAGGACCCCUGCAUAGUGCAGAAGGAAGGAGCGAGAGAUGCCUGCCCUGAUUGGGAUUAUAAUUUCAAAGGCAUUGAAUUUUCAUCAAAGCAAGAUAUUUAUGAAGAAUCAGCCAAAGUCCUACCAAAGGAAAGAAGCCAUCAUAGAUAUAGCCUUGACUGUCCCAAUUGGAAAGAAGACCAUGGAAGUGUACACUGGCUUAAGAAUGGGUUGGGAGGUCGGAAGGUACAUUCUGAUCAAUUGCUCAUCGUUCAUAAAGAAGUCCCUGAAGAGCAAAGUAAUGGGUGUAAUCCAUCUUGGCAAAUAUCCCAUCAGGAUGCAAUACUAGAUAUACCACAAAGUUUCUCUACCAAAGAAAAAACACAUCAGUGUGAGCCACAAAAGAGAAGCUACCGAAAAAAGUCUGUUGAGGUGAAACCUAAGAAGGCGCAUGUAGAAAGGAAAGUUCUUAAGUGUAACGACUGUGAGAAAGUCUUUCACCAGAGCUCAUCCCUUACUCUCCACCAGAGAAUUCAUACUGGAGAGAAGCCCUAUGCAUGCGCUGAGUGUGGGAAGGCCUUCAGCCAAAACGCAAACCUAGCUCAGCAUAAGAGAAUCCAUACUGGGGAGAAGCCUUUUGAGUGUAAAGAAUGUAGGAAGGCCUUCAGCCAGAAUGCACAUCUGGCUCAGCAUCAAAGAGUUCAUACCGGAGAGAAACCUUACCAGUGUAAAGAAUGUAAAAAAGCCUUCAGCCAGAUUGCACACUUGACUCAGCAUCAGAGAAUUCAUACUGGAGAGAGACCUUUUGAAUGUAUUGACUGUGGGAAAGCCUUUAGUAAUGCUUCGUUUCUUGCACAGCAUCAGCGAAUUCAUACAGGAGAGAAACCGUAUGUGUGUAAUGUGUGUGGGAAAGCUUUUAGUCACCGUGGAUACCUAAUUGUACAUCAAAGAGUUCAUACUGGAGAGAGGCCCUAUGAAUGUAAAGAAUGCAGGAAGUCCUUCAGCCAGUACGCACACCUUUCUCAGCAUCGGAGAGUCCAUACUGGAGAGAAACCUUACGAAUGUAAAGUCUGCAGGAAAGCUUUCAGCCAGAUUGCUUACCUUGAUCAGCACCAGAGGGUUCACACUGGAGAGAAGCCCUAUGAGUGUGCCGAAUGCAGAAAGGCCUUCAGCAACAGUUCCUCACUCACUCAGCACCAGAGAAGUCACACUGGAGAGAAACCCUACACGUGUAAGGAAUGUCGGAAAACGUUUAGCCAAAAUGCCGGCCUUGCUCAGCAUCAGAGAAUCCAUACUGGAGAGAAACCGUAUGAAUGUAAUAUUUGUGGGAAAGCCUUCAGUUAUAGUGGCUCCCUCACUCUCCAUCAGAGAAUUCAUACCGGAGAGAAGCCGUACGAAUGUAAAGAUUGCAGGAAAUCCUUCAGGCAACGUGCACACCUUGCUCAUCAUGAGAAGGUCCAUAUUAUGGAGUCGUUCCUGCCCUUUUCCUCUCCAUCACCCUCUACAUCCAAUCAGUUGCCAAUAGCUAUAGAUUUGAUCUCAUAAUAUGAUCCAAAUCUGACCCAUUUAGAACCCUUGCUAUUUCGUCCUCCUUGUCGUCUACUUGUUAGUCUGAUUUGUGUGGGGUACUGAAAUAGCCUUCCAGUGUACUCACCCAUGCCUCUGUCAGUCUUCACACUUCAUCCAAACUUUAGAAGAACACAUUUUGGUCUUAUUAUUUAUCCUUCAUUAGUUAAGGUUACUUACUUACUGACAUCUAAAAGUUCAUAGGGGAAAAGCACACAGUCCUUAAAGUAACCUAACAGACCACCUUGUCCCCAGCACCCUGUUUCAAACUACCUUCUAAACCCUUCAUGCCAGUGUUCCCCCUCCCUUGAACAUCCAGAAUUAAAAUAGAUCUAGGCUCUAAUCCUUGCUCUUCCAUUUCCCAUCCCUAAUUUUAGAGCAUUUUGUCUUUUGUAACCUUCAGUCUUAUUUCUAUAUGGGACUAAUAAUGGUUCUACCUCAAAAGUUAUUGGGAAAAGUAAAUAAUGCAUGUAAAUUUCUUAGCAGAGUGCCUAGCAUAAAAUAAUAUUAAUCUAAAAUAAAAAUACGAUGAUGCACAAAGAAGAGUUGAUCAUUUUAAUCAUGAAGAAGCAAA